UCGAGAAGUCACCUGAGGCUGAAGUCAAUACAAGACACUGGGGACAACCAGCCUGUGAGGUCUGUGAGUCUAUUCUUGCUAUCUUCAUUUGAUGCAAUUUCACGAUUGUGACAAACAAACUGCAAUAUUGAUUUUACAAUAUGCAUGGAAUGCAAGUCUAUAGCCUUGUGUAGCUUGUUGGCGUCCUGUCUGCUAAUGUUGCUAGCUCCCGUUAGCCGUAACGCUAUCUUACCAACGCUACCAAGCAAACGUUGGCUAGCACAUUAGCGUUCAACAAGGUUACGGUACACGGCAAAACGAUUGCUAUGCUGUCAAAAUGUUUCGAUAUAUCCACACGUUAACCUAGUGAAUUGUGUGAAUUGAGUUGAAACUGCUUUUGGACGUUUUAGACGAAUUGUUUUGGCGCUUGUCACUGUGGGGUUGGGCUGUAACUUUAGUUGUAGUCCAGGCGUAACACUUGGCCUGGACAGCCAAGCUGGUUCUAGACAGAAGUCCUAGUGGGUUGGGCUCCAACUCUAGUUGUAGUCCAGGCUGAACACUGGUCCCUGACAGCACAGCUGGUUCUGGACAGUGGUCAUGUUGGGCUGGGCUGUAACUUCAGCUGUAGUCAAAGCUAACAACUGACAGCCCAGCUGGUUCUCUGGACAGCGGUUUUGUGGGGCUGGGCUGUAACUUCAGCUGUAGUCAAAGCUAAGCUCACUGUCAUAUCGUUAUUUUCAUUGAGGUGUACUACAGUACUAAGUGGUAUCUUUAACUGAUAACAAUGCGUUUGCUAUAACGAUGCUGCUUUCUGGAUUUUCAUCAACAUAUGUAAAUUAAUGUAAAUACGGGAUAAAUUGCUCUUGAACAAAAUUCUGCCCAUAUAUUAUGGAAAACAAGUAAGGAAGCCACACCUUAAGUCCAAUAGCGAAUUUACACGUCUGUGCUCAGGGUAAUGGGAAAUAUUGAUGUUUUCGUGUACAAUCAUGUAAUAACGCACGUUUUUCAUGCAACACAUGUUGUUCUGCUUAUGGCAGGAGUGAUGUCUUCAAAUGAGGAGGGUUAUGUGGUACGCAUCCGAGGUCUUCCCUGGUCCUGCACUCAGGAAGAAGUGGCCAGUUUUUUUUCUGACUGUGACAUCGUGGGCCAGGUGAACGGCGUGUGUUUCACCUUCUCUAAAGAAGGCCGUCCGAGCGGAGAGGCUUUCGUUGAGCUCAUAAACGCUGAGGACUUUAAGAACGCCAUCGCUAAGGACCGCAAAUACAUGGGGCAUCGCUACAUAGAGGUGUUCAAAUCGAACCGCAGUGAAAUGGACUGGGUGCUGAAGCGCAGCGGGCCCGCGGACUACGACGGCUGCAGCGGCUGCAUGUUGAGACUGAGAGGCCUGCCGUUUGGCUGCAGCAAGGAGGAAAUAGUUCAGUUCUUCUCAGGGUUGAGAAUCGUGCCAAAUGGGAUUACUCUGCCAGUGGACUACCAGGGGAGGAGCACAGGGGAAGCCUUCGUGCAGUUUGCCUCAAAGGAGAUAGCAGAAAAGGCUCUGGGGAAGCACAAGGAAAGAAUAGGGCACAGGUACAUAGAGAUCUUUAAGAGCAGCCGCAAUGAGAUCCGGGCCUACUAUGAGCUGCCCCGCCGGCCCAUGGGGCAGCAGCGGCCUGGCCCCUAUGACAGGCCCAUGAUGGGGGGCCCCAGGGGGGUUUUCUUCGCCCCGGGCCCCGGGCGUGGAGGGGCCCUCAUGGAGCCCAUGCGGAGCGGAGGGGGCUACGGGGGAGGUUACGGAGGCUUUGACAACUAUAACGGCUUCAACAACUACUGCUUCGGCAACGGCAUGUUCGACGACCGCCUGAGGGGGGGCGAGCGAGGGGGCAGAGGGAUGGGAGGACACGGACACGGGCACGGACACGGACACGGACACGGGCACGGACACGGCGGGGGAGGGGACGGGGGCUCCGGGUUCCACAGCGGCCAUUUCGUCCACAUGAGAGGCCUGCCGUUCCGCGCCACCGACGGCGACAUCGCUAAAUUCUUCUCCCCCAUGAACCCCAUGCGGGUGCACAUCGACGUGGCGCCCAACGGCAAGUCCACCGGCGAGGCGGACGUGGAGUUCCGCUCCCACGAGGACGCCGUGGCAGCCAUGUCCAAGGACAAGAACCACAUGCAACACCGAUACAUCGAGCUGUUUCUCAACUCGACGUCUAGCGGGGCGGCAGAGAUGAGUCGCGGGAGCAGUGGUUACUAUGGAAACUCGGGCGGUGGCUCGCGGAGCGGCGGGUUGCGGGGCGCCUUCUGAUGACAUCAUCACGCUCGCCUCGACCCCGAUGUUUUAUGUUCCUCAUGGCCUCGUUUCUUUUUUUAACUCUGCUCGGUUCAGCAGGGCAGAUCUGGUGUCACUAGUUGUUUAAGUGAGAAAGUUGAAUUCCUCUGGGUUUAGACAGUUUUUUUGCCGUACCUUCAGAAAGUGUCUCUUGGGUUUUGUAGAGAGCAUCGCCAUUUUACCAAAGAUGCUGCGUGUAGAUCCCUUAAAAUGUUCAACUUUGGUUUAGCGUAAUACUACCCAUUCAUAGCAAACACAGUGGUGCUGGUUCAUAUUGAAUGAUCUACAAUUAUUGUUUUGACAAAUAACCCUCUUUUCCUCCAAAUGGCCAGACCCUUAAAAGCCUUACUGCUAGAAAGGCCCGAGUUAUGUUGAAUUAUAAAUCUCAUAAUUGAUCCGAAGUGACACAUUGAAUAUUCAGAUUUGGAUUUGGCCGGUAUUUAACUUUUAAAGUGUAGCACGUGCUUUUCAUUUCCCAGCACUACAUUUGCCUGGAGCUCUGUGUCUCUCUGCAGCAGCGAGUGAAGCAUACGUCUCAGGAGAAAGAGAAGCAUGGGGACGCUGUUCAACGCAGGCCGCUUUGUUAGUCCUGCUCCCCAGCUUGCUAAGGGACCGCGACUAUAGAGACAGUAGACAGUAGUCUACUGAACAACGGCGUUUAACUCCACUGCCAAAGACUGUUGUCCAAAUCGCUGGUGCUAAUAGGGCUAGUAUCCAACAGCUUUUUACCUCCCCACAAACAAGAAGCCAUUUGAUCUGCCUUCCCCAACAGAGCACCUAUUGAAAGACCAGAUCAUAUAUAUUGGGCUACAAGACUAAUACCAUCUGACAACACCCCUGGUGCGUUUCCAUAUGAGGCCAGAUAAAUGUGUGCAAGGGAUUCUAGAUAAGCUUGCUUGCUUUGAAACAUUUGAUAAAUGUGAGCCGGUGUGUUUUCUAUAUGAAUGUUUUCACAUGUUCAUUACAAAAAAAGAGUUGGGUAUUUUCCAUUGUUAGAAUGGAAAUAAAACAAAUAUCUAUUUGAGCUCUGAAAUUAGCUGAAACAGCUGUUGUACAUUUUGCUUAAUAAAUUUUAUAUUUAAUUCCACCUGUUGGUAUUCUUUGUGUGUGUAUUCGUUAUGUUUCACUUAAAGGUCCCAUGACAUGCUAUUUUAUGUAUUCUUUAAUAUAGGUAUUAGUGGGCAACUAACACAGUAUUCAAAGACGUUCCCGAAAUUCUGCCGUGGUGCAGAGUUACAGCCACUCCGAGCCAGUCACACAUUGAGCUUCCCCCAAAUGCAAUAUCAUCCCACUGCAGACACAAAUGGGCGUUCUCGUGUGGUGGGAGUUCCCAUUUACGCAGACUGGAACGCCCCCUUCUUAUUCUUCGUCGACUUUCUCGCUGAACUGUAUUAAAAUUUCCAAGUGUACUACUCCGAAACCAUGUAAAUAGUGUUGUAAAUAAACUUCCAAAUCUUUUCAAAUCUUAAUUGGCAAAUUACUUCUUUUUACAAUUUAUUCGUUACCAGCAUUCGUAGUGUUGAUCAGCAGUGAAAUAGUCUGUGAAAUAGUGUUACCCCUUGUGGUUUUUUUCAUGACGACCAAUAAAAAACGACUUAUAUUUUAUUUGACAAAGACAACAGUGUUACCCCUUAUGUUGUUUUUCAUGAAGACCAAUAAAAAACAA